AUGAGAUUCUUCCAGAAUAUUCUUCUGCUUCUUUGCCUUUUGGCUCUCUGCAAGUCGGACCCGUCCCGUAUUCAUCUGAAAUUUCACUGCAAUCCACAGGUCGGCACGUGGUGCGGAACUCUGAUUGUCUAUGAGCACGACGUUUUCUCAGAACAUGACAUCAUGGCUACAGAUAGCUUCUGCGAAACAAGUGACACCAAGGAAUUAUUCUAUGAGUUCUCCCCAGGAGGAGAUGGAUCUCCGGGAUACGAAUGGAGCUACCUGUUGAGUCACAACUGCUCCUCUCACGGGCACAAUCAUUGUCUCCAUCCAAAAAGCACAGCGAAUGUUCCUGUUGAAGGACUGAGUAUAGCUGAAUUCGAAGCGGAAGUGUUCGAGUCAGGAUACAAAGCCAAAACCUGUGACGAUCCAAAUGAGCCGCCAGUCAUCAUUUUUUAA